AAGUCUUUUUUUUAUUUGGUGUUGUUUUAUUUGCAUGUACUAGACUAACCGACUUCACAUCCCAGAAGCCACCGCGUUGUUGUCGGCGGCCGCCAUCUUGUGUCCUCCUCAUGAAUAUAUAUCAGUUCGUAUGUUCGUGAACGUUCAUUGCAUAUUCCAGCACCAUGUUCCGGUCCAAAUGGGACGUACAGCCACGUCUCCGCCCUGCUCUCGUCCCCGCGCGUCCUGCCUCUUUCAACGCUAAAAUGUUUCUUCUGAGGAGCGAAGGAUUCCCCGACGAGGACCAGAAGGCGAGAAGCGACUGACAACCGUCGCCGAAAUCCGGGCUUUUAAAUGUAGCCGAGCGUCGUUCGUUUGAAGUCGGGGACUUUUCAUUGGCAGAGAUGGAAAGUGUCGCUGAGGACGGGGGCGCCACGAAGUUAAUGAAGAGCGCUGCCCGGGGAGCUCCGGCGGACGACGGCGGCGGACGUGUGACGGGCUCCCGCGCGGAGGCGAGGACCGCCGGGAACGGGCUCUCCGGCGCGUCGACUGGCCGAAGCUUGUCCAACUCCAGCUCCCUCCUGUUGAGACGGAGGCGCUUGAAGAAGAACCUCUCCGCCGCAGCUGUCAAGAUGAACUCGGCCCUGUCCUCCGCGUCUCUCCACACACGCAGUUUGGAUCGGAAGACCUUGCUGAAGCACCGGCAGAACGUGCAGCUGCAGCCCGCCGAUCGAGAGUGGGCGCGGGCUGAUCUCCACCGCGGCUCCAUCCACGUCCACGACAGCCUGGCGCUCUCGUGUCCCAGGCCGGUGCUCUGCACUCUGGACACCACAGCCGGCGAGGUGGCGCUCAGCCUGGGGAAACUCUGCAGCAAGUCCGGCUCGGUGAUGCGCAUUUUUAGCAACGACGGCUCCAAGAUGGACCAAAAUGGCAACUGCAAUGUCAAGUACGAAUAUAAUUACAAGCAGUGCAAAGCGAGCGAGGACUCGAGUUUGAAGCGCUUGGCUCCUAUGGAACCCACAGACUUGAGGGCUCGAUCGAGUGACAAGAUGAGGCUGUUGCUGAUGAAGACUGCGCAACAGGACGGGAAACUUUUCACCCCGGAGUCAGAGUCGGAUUUGAAUUCCAACACCCCGAACGAUGACGACGACGACGACGACUCUGAGCACAGGAACAGUUACGGCUUGAAUUCCGGCUCGGACGUGGAGAGCAGCGCGUUCGAUGAUCUGAGCUCGGGGGCCCGGCUGAGCGAGCACCGGGACUCCCUCAGCGACGACAUGAUCCUGGGCACCGACGCGUCCAUCCUCAGCCCGUCGUUCGACAGUGCCACUGAGGGCCACGACAUGUACGGAAGCUCCUCGGAUGAGCUGGAGCUGGACUGUCCGCCGACCGACAGCAACGGCAUCGGGCUUUUAAAUGACAGACAGCCCGAGUGCAGACUGGAGCCCCUCAGUCUGGCCCCGAGCAGUAGCGCGGGAUCAUUGUCAGGAACUUGUUCCACCGCUAAUACACCUGACCCCCAGGACCCAGACUGUGGUCAGCUGGCUGUAAAACCGCCAGAAUCCAGCGGUGAUCCCGGUGAUUCCAUCCCCACGCUGUAUGUCCAGCUGCACGGCGAAGCUGUGAGGAGGCUUAGCCCAGAUGAGAGGCCCCUGCAGAUACAGAAUGACUUUCUCUUUAAGCUUGGAUUUAAGGACCCAUGGAGAGUUCAAGAAGAGGGUCUGAACACAGAAAUCGGCUCUCUGCUGCGAUUCUAUGCAGGAAAACCACAGUAUGUGGAGAGCUCGGAGAGGGUCCAGCUGUCCGGCACGUUCAACGUUCGGAAAGGGAAGCUCCAGCUACCGGUCAACCGCUGGACCAGGCGGCAGGUCAUCCUUUGCGGCACCUGCCUCAUCGUGUCUUCAGUCAAGGAGAGCCAGACGGGGAAGAUGCACAUCCUGCCGCUCAUUGGAGGAAAAGUGGAGGAAGUGAAGAAGCACAAUCAUUGUUUAGCCUUCAGCUCUGCAGGACCUCAGAGUCAGACGUACUACGUCAGCUUUGACAGCUUCACCGAGCACCUGCGCUGGCACCGACACGCUGCCAAGAUGGUGUCGCAGAGGAUCAACUCGGUGGAUCUGUCCUGCUGCAGCUUGGAGCAGCUUCCUCCAAAUCUCUUCUACAGCCACGAUCUCACCCACCUCAAUCUCAAACACAACUUCCUGCCGGCCGACCAAUGGCUGCAGCCGCUACAGAGGUUUUCUCGCUUGCGGAGCCUCAACUUGUCCAACAACUAUCUGGGCCAGUUCCCGAUGGCGAUCUGUGACAUCCCCACGCUGACCGAGGUCAACCUCAGCUGUAACUACUUGGCAAACGUCCCCAACUCAGUGGGCGCCAUGACAAACUUGCAGACGUUUUUGCUGGACGGCAACAGUUUGGACGACCUCCCCGUCGAGCUGGGCUCUCUGCAGCGACUCAGCUACCUGGGGCUCUCCUUCAACCAGUUCGCCCACGUGCCCCAGGUCCUGGAGCGGCUCACGUCCAUGGAGAAGCUGUGCAUGGCCGGCAACAACCUGGAGACGCUCACCUUGCAAAACUUCCGACUUCUGCGGGUCAAGCACGUGGAUCUGAGACUGAACAAAAUCUCCAGCAUGGUGCCGGACGAGCCGGACCUGUUGAGGCACGUGACCCAGCUGGACCUGAGGGACAACGGCUUGACAGAACUGGACGUCUCGGUCUUCCCCCGACUGGAGAUCCUCCACUGUGAGCGGAACUCCAUCACCAGCCUGAAGGCCAAAGGCUGCCUGCUGAAAGCCGUCUACGCCUCAAGCAACGAGCUGCAGCAGCUGGAUGUCACCCCUCUUCCCUCCAAUCUCAGCUACUUGGAUAUCUCCAGGAACCGCAUGGAGUCGCUGCCAGACUGGCUGUGCGAGGCAAGGAAGCUGGAAGUCCUGGACGUCAGCCACAACCUCAUCGCCGAGCUACCGGCGCGGUUGUUCUGCAGCAACAGUCUGAGGAAGCUGAGUUCUGGAUACAACCAGCUGCAGAAGCUGCCGGAAAGAGUCGAGCGCCCUCUGCUGGAGGUUCUGGAUGUACAACACAAUCAACUUGUGGAGCUGCCCUGCAACCUGUUCCUCAAAUCUGACAGCUUACGGUGUGUGAACGCAUCCGCCAACAAACUGGAGCACCUGCCUCCAUCCACUCUGUCCGAGGAGAACCACAGCAUCCUGCAGGAACUGUAUCUGACCAACAACCGUCUGACCGACAAGUGUGUGCCCAUGCUGACCGGCCAUUCGCACCUUCGGGUUUUACACAUGGCCUACAACCAUCUGCAGACCUUCCCUGCCAGUAAAAUGGCCAAGUUGGAGGAGCUGGAGGAGGUGGACCUGAGCGGAAACAUGCUGAAAACUGUGCCCACCACCAUCAUGAACUGCCGACGGAUGCACACGCUCAUCGCCCACUCCAACGCCAUCGAGGUCUUCCCGGAGGUCAUGCAGCUGAUGGAGAUGAAGUGUGUGGACCUGAGCUGCAACGAGCUGGUGGAGAUCGCCCUGCCUGAGAACCUCCCUCCGAAGCUCCAGGAACUGGACCUGACGGGAAACCCGCGUCUCAACCUGGACCACAAAACCCUGGAGCAGCUGAAUAACAUCCGCUGCUUCCGCAUUGAUCCGCCGCCAACCUUUUCAUCCAGCGAGGCGUCUGGGGGCCCUGCUGUGUGGAGUCAUGGUUACACCGAGGCCUCCGGCGUCAAGAACAAACUGUGUGUGGCAGCGCUGUCGGUCAACAGCUUCUGUGGCAGCCGCGAGGCUCUGUACGGAGUGUUUGACGGCGACAGGAAUGUGGAGGUUCCCUACCUGCUGCAGUGCACCAUGAACGACGUGCUGGCGGAAGAGCUGCACAAGACCAAAAGCGAAGAAGACUAUAUGACCAACACCUUCUUAGUCAUGCAGAGGAAACUGGGCACCGCUGGUCAGAAGCUGGGUGGCUCGGCGGCGCUGUGCCACAUCCGCCACGACCCCACCGACCCCGGCGGCUGCUUCACUCUGACGGCCGCCAACGUGGGGAAGUGCCAGGCCAUACUGUGCCGCGACGGGAAGCCGCUGUCGCUCUCGGUGCUUCACAACGUGGGGCUGGAGGAGGAGUAUCGGCGCAUCCGGCAGCACAGCGCCAUCGUCACCGAGGACAACAAAGUCAAUGGCGUGACGGACUCCACCCGCAUCAUGGGCUACUCCUUCCUGUACCCGUCGGUGAUCCCGUGUCCGUACGUGCAGACCGUCACGCUCACCUCGCAGGACGAGUUCUUCAUCCUGGGGAGCCGCGGGUUGUGGGACGCCGUGUCGCCCUCAGAGGCGGUGGAGGCGGUGCGCAAUGUCCCAGACGGCCUGGCCGCCGCUAAAAAGCUGUGCACCCUCGCUCAAGGGUACGGCUGCACCGACAGCCUGAGCGCUGUGGUGGUGCAGCUGAGCGUGAGCGAGGACUGCUGCUCCUGCUGCUGCUCCGAGCCGCCGCAGCCGCCGCCCAGCCCCAGCUUAGGCGCCUUCCAGUCGUCGGCGUCCGGCAUCAAGGAGCGGCCGUCGGACGGCUCACUGCCGGUUCCUCCCUCGUCCUGCAGCGAGAUCAGCAGCGAGAUCAGCACCAGCGAGAUGAGCAGCGAGGUGGGAUCCACCGCCUCAUCGGACGAGCCCCCGCACGAGCAGGCGCACCACGCCCAUCUGCACCUGCACCACCAGGCCCACUCCUCGCAGCAGCAGCACGCCCACCCCGCCAACCCGCCCUGCCAGUAUCUGUACCCGGGCUCGGAGCUGCCGUCCGCCCGCAGCGGCUGCGCUCUUCACUCCGCGUGCUUAGCCGGUGCCUUCCAGCGCCAGCUCUCCAGCGCCACCUUCUCCAGCGCGCUGUCUGACAACGGGCUGGACAGCGACGACGAGGAGCCCAUCGCCGGCGUCUUCUCCAACGGGAGCCGCGUGGAAGUGGAAGCUGACAUUCACUGCCUCAAAUCCGAAGCCAACCAAAUGGAGCGCCCCCUGCUCUCCCUCCCGCCACCUCCGCCCCCGCCCCCCUGCACUCCGGAACCCCUGGAAGACGGAGCCGACAUGAGCCUGGGCGACGCCGAGAACGGCUCGGAGCGCGACGACUCCUGGCAGGGGGACGGAGGGAGGCAAGCGGGAGGGAAGCGGAGAGCCAACGGGUCAGUGGCGCGGCAGGAGAAGAGCCACAACCUCAUCGAGGUGGCGGCAGACGCGCCGUCCAAGAAGCCCGGCGGCUACUUCACAGCGCCAGCCCAGCCCGACCCGGACGACCAGUUCAUCAUCCCUCCAGAGCUGGAGGAGGAAGUGAAGGAGAUCAUGAAGCAGCAUCAGCAGAAGCAGCAGAAGCCGGCGGGGAGCGACCCGCCCAGUGACUACUACGACACCCCGCUCUGAGACCCACACCCCACCCCACCCCACCCCCCGGACACAACUCAACCAGCCCUUUAACAACGCCUCUCCUUCCGCGUGUGGCCGUUCUCAGUCUGUGGAACUUUAGACAACCAGCUGAUAUUAUAACCGACGUUAGUCUCUUUGCAAUAGCAUUAGCUCUCGCCACAACACUAGUUUCUUUUGUACUAACCAUAUCUUUUAAUGUGAAGGCGGUGGAAUCACUGAAGAAACUUCUUUUUUUUUUAAACUGAGACACAUAAUCUUUUUUUUUUUUCCCUGUUAUUAUCAGUAAACCUUGUGCGACGGUACACCAGUAAUACUACGUUAACUGUUGUAGAUAGGGCACUUCAACUACUGUAUUUCUUCAGUAAAUCGUGACUCUUCUGCCUGUCGAGCGGCAUAGACAUUUUUUUGUAGAAAUUAUAAAUACUAACUCCUAGGAGUUGCAUACUCUAUAUGGUGGCUCAGUCACUUUUACUAAUCUUCUCUGAGAGAAACUGUGAUUUUUUUUUUUUUUUCAAUGAUUGUAAAUAAGAGAAAUGUUGUAUACCUAUGUUUGUACCAGGACUGUUUGUCGGUGCAGGUGGGGCAGGAGGAGGAUGUGCGGUUAGAACUGCAGGUGAGGGAGGCGUCUCCCUUACACACCCUUUUACAAUGGAGACUCAACACUACACACACACACACACACACACAGAUGUAUAUUCACAAGAGGAACAUUCCAUGAGAAACAACAGCACAACAUGGCUUUGGUUUGCUCCACUUUGUUUGAUUGUGAUGUCAUGUGGUCAUCACUGUAUCUCCAGAACACUGCGGACUGCAUGCGCACACACCAAACACCCACACACACACACACACACACGGAAACCCACCAGUAAAAACAGCGCCACAUCCCUCCAAAGGUAAGUCUUAUCACCGGCAUGGCUGCGUCAGUUAUACAAUUAUAUCCACGUGGAAAAGAGACAACACAAAUGUUCUUGUCUUUGUUAUAAUAAAUUUUAAAUUUGUGAAUAUAAAUGACACUUGUCCUUUUUUUUUAAUUUACAUGCGUUUGGCCCUCUUCACCACUAGAGGGAGCUCUUCCACAGCAACAUUUACAGCUUCUCGCCAGCGUACGCGUUCGUCAUGACGAAGUUCUGGCUGCCAAAGU